UUAUAUUUAACUUUUUAAGAAACUACCAAACCAUUUUCCACAGUAACUGUACCAUAUUAUACUCCUGGCAAUAAUGUGUAGAACCCCAGAGCCCAACGUGCUUGCUGCUUCUUUUUCUGUGGCAUACUGUCAAGAUCUAGCAGGCAGUAAAACUUUCUGGAAAGAUGUUAUUAAGGCGGCCCAACUUCUGCCCAGAACUAUAACUCUUACUGGAUAUUGUGACUGUCACUGGUUCAGAGAUCUCAUUCAGGACUGGUCGUCUAAUGUACACCAGACCACACCCAGGUCCAGCUUUAUGGGAAGAGGGAAAAUUGGAAAAAAUUCUGGCCAUGUUUCUCUUCCCAUCUUUAUUGUCUACUAUCAUCCUGGGAUUCCGAACUCAGAGCUUUGUUUUGUCCUGUUGCCGGUUACAUUUUCUCUGCCAUGGUAUGUUUCCUUUCUUGCAUUAAAACCCUAUUUUACAGGAAAAUGCUUAUUUGACAUAUUAUUUUGCCUAAUUACCCUGUCUUAUUAUCUUGGUUACCUAUGCUACAAAGGAGGGUCCAUUAUCACUCUGAAUGGAGGAAAGGAGCCUAUGAACAUUUUGAUGACCUGUGGGAUCGUUGACUCUACCGUGUCCAGAUUUUUGGAGAAAUGCCAGGGCCUAUCAAACAAGUGGGUUCACCGAGUUCCCACUGGGGGUCCACUUGAAGAAGUUUAUGGGUGA